UCUCGCGAACGAUGAGGGUGAAGGACCUCGCGCUUCCGAAAGGAAGAAGCGAUCGCGUGUACGCACCGUACGCAAUAAUAUGCGUGCGCUCGCCUUUCCCAAGUGCGAUUCGUGCCAAGGGCGAUAAAAGAUUUCGGCCAGUAGUCGAGAACAGCAGAACGCGAUUUCUCUCUCCGGGUUGAGUCACAAUGCGAGCUCGCCGCACCUUUGUGUCCGGCCGCUAAAAGCACCGAAUCAUCGUCGAAUCUCCCCGGAUUCCGACGAGCGCGAUCCAGUUAAGCCACGUGCAAACAUAUUACAUGAUGCGAAUCCAGAGAAAAAAUGGAAACGGAGGUCUACGGUUUUGAAAUGAGAGCGCGGUGUGCUAUUAAUUAAAACACGUAAUGCUAAUUAUUCCGAACGGUAUAACAGUAUUGUUCAGGAUAAUUAUCGUUACGUAUUUUAAGCAUGCGGUGACUGUUCGAAGAGUUCUGCAGAUAUGAAUAUGUAACUGAGAAGAGAGAGAAAAAUUAUUUGCAUAAUUUUGUCGCAUUAUCUUUUGUAAUGUCAUUAGAGAGAUUUUUGCGAAUAUAAUGCGAGAUGAUUGUCUUGCAUAUUAUAUUAAUAAUACAGAUUUUGUUUGUAUUUCUUGAGCACUUCUUUCAAGAAGUGAGUUACAUUUCGGAUUCGGCUCCAUUUUUCCCUGCGUUUUGUUUUCAACAAUUGGUCAUUUCUUUUUCUUUUAUAUAGAUAUGAAAAUAUUUUUAGACGAUAUUAUAUCGUUUUUACGAUAUUUUACCAAAUUUGCAGUUCGAUUUCUAACUUUCAAAGGCGUCUAACAAACGUUUAACUCUCACUGUCGUCAAAACAAACCACUUUGUUAGAAUUAAAAUUUCUCCGGCGAGAUAUUAUAAAAGAUGGCGAAAUUAUGCAACUAUAAAGUUUUCUUCCCAGCGUUAUCCAUACGUUGAUUCGCAAAAACUUGUCAAACAUCUCUCGUAAUAUGAAAGUCACAUAGAUUUGAAGAUUAAUGAUUUUAAGUACAUUUUAGAUCCUUAUUCAAACAUUCAGGACUUCUGUGCCGUUUGAUUAUAUUGAUUAUAACAUUGUUUGAUCAAAUGUAAUGUGUUCGACGUACGCAAAUACAGACCCAACUCGAGUGUCGGCUCUGUAUUUGUAUUGACGUCGGUACGUCAUGCAUCAGCGUGUUAUCCUACUCUUUCCGAUCGUCGUUUGUCAGCGCGUAAACGGUGACACGGAUUUUCUUCUCAUUUUCACUUGGAAAGAACGGGGGCUCCGCCAAAGAAGAAAGAAGGAAGGAGGGGGGGGGGAGAGUCGCCGGGAAUGCCGCGGGUGAGAUUACGCGAACGUGCCUCCCGUGUCCUCCGUGUCGUCUCCAACCGACGUGCGCAUCGGCACUGUCCAUCCGACGUGCGCUCGACCUUGAAACGACCGGCGGGGACUCGAGAGAGGUUUCGCCUUGGGUAAUCGGUGCCGCGGACUCGAAAACUAGGCCUGUGCUCGCGGUGACGUCGCCGCGCGCCGCAUCGCGCCUGAGCGUACAGUGGUUUUUCAACCGGUACGGCAACCGUGGGAUCGGCGCGCAAGUGCACGCGCUUCUCUCGAGUGCCUUGUUCCCGCAAACGUUAGCUUAAAACCCAGUGAGAAAUAGUACAUCGAAUCGAAUCAUCAUUUCGAUGUCGAUUCGACGUCGAAUUGAUGUCGAAUUCAUUAUCGUUUCUCGCUGAGAAUGGAUGAUACGUUCCCCGAAGAACUGCGCGAAUCCCAGUCGGCUCUGAUAGUUUAAUUAGAACCCUACGCGGGUUUAGGUGUCCAACAAAAGACUCCCCAAAUGCAAUACUGGUAGAAUACGAGAUUUCAAUUAAAACCGUAAUGGUAUAAUAUUUUGUAGCAGUUGUAGGGUAGACGGACCAAAUCAAAAUGAGCAUUGUGAUCAUAUUCGUUCAUGUUCUGAUCGAAACUUGUCAUUCCGAUCCGAUUCGCCUCGGUCCACCCUAUCGAUUAACGACGACAGACGGAACCGAAGAUAUGUCGAAUGUAAAUGCAAGUCUUCGGUCUCUCCUCCAAAAGCGCCGUACGAAAAAAACGGCUGAAGAGCACUGAGAGGCCGACGACGACGCCGUAGCUCGCGGAGGAGGCGGCGAGAGGGACAAGACACGGAGGAGGACGACGACGAGGAGGAAGAGGAGGAGGAGAAGAAGGAGGCGCGCGCGCGCUCGCGGUAACGAAACAAAUAGGCCGGCGACUUUCACCGCGCGACCAAGAGCGACUGUAUGGUGGCGGAGGCGCAGACCGGAGCGCACAGUCAGAUCCACACAGUCCAAGAGACAGCCGACCGUUCUUGAGGGGCUCUCGCACGCGCGCGCGCGCGUACUAUCGUCGGCUCCUCCGCGAGAGAUUUCCUCGACGGGUCUGAUGCCGGGCCGGAGAGGCCGCGGAUGGUGAUCUCGCACCUCUCGCGGGACCAGGCACACACGUGGUGCUCCGUAAGUGCGCGAGUGCGCUCUACCUCCUUUCCUCGCGUUUGCCUUCUCUCACCCGCGCGCCCGACGCACGUGAUCGUCACAUCCGGGCCGAUCGAAAGAUCCCACGGUGGCAUUUUUACACCUCGCGCGCGCUUAAAUUCUCUCUGUCUCUCUUCCUCGGAUCGCCAGGUGAACCGCCGCAUUCGGCCUCUCGAACCGGUCCGUGUUUUUUGGCGAACCCGAGGAUUCGUAUGUGCCGCGCGACGACGGCUGGGCACGUUCUCGUCGCGUCCGCUGGUCGACGGCACCAACGGCAUGCGUCCCCGAAAAUACCGCUGGUAAAAGCGAGGGGAAGAAAGUGAGAAAGAGGGUGCGGAAAAAAAAGGGACGCUUUGUGUGGCAUGAGAGAAAUGCACGGGCGUGGACCAGGCGAGAGCGAGUGACACACGACGAUGACACGACGACGACCGCCGGCCCGCAGCAUCGCGCCGCUCUGCGCGAUCGCUUGGGCGUUCUGGAUCGUGUUACCCGCUGAAACCAAAGCGGGGCCUAAUUAUGCGGACAAUAAACAGAGAUACGAUGGGUUUUAUAAUAAUCUAGCUCAUCCUGAUUGGGGUGCAAUCGACAGUAGGCUAAUCCGAAAGGUCCCGGCGGCAUAUUCCGAUGGUGUGUACGCGAUGGCUGGCCAAGACAGGCCAUCCCCUCGGAAGCUCAGCGACCUGUUCAUGCAAGGUGACGACGGUCUGCCAUCGGUGAAAAAUCGAACCGCAUUGUUCGCCUUUUUCGGACAGCUGGUCACGUCGGAGAUAAUCAUGGCCAGCGAAAGUGGUUGCCCCAUAGAAUUUCAUCGGAUCGACGUGGACAAAUGCGAUCCGGUUUUCGACAAGGAGUGCCAAGGUAGCAAGUACAUUCCGUUUCUGCGAGCGGAUUACGACCGUCUUACCGGGCGCAGCCCCAACAGCCCGCGGGAGCAGAUAAAUAAAGUCACGAGCUGGAUCGAUGGCAGCUUCGUCUAUUCGAGCAGCGAGGCGUGGGCCAAUACAAUGCGCGCGUUCGAGAACGGCAGCCUUCUCAUGGAGCGAACGAGACAGUUUCCCGUGAGGAACACCAUGCGCGCGCCCCUCUUCAACCACGCGGUGCCGCACGUCAUGCGAAUGCUCAGCCCGGAGCGCCUGUAUCUCCUCGGCGACCCGAGAACGAAUCAGCACCCGCCGCUGUUGGCCCUGGGAAUCUUGUUCUAUCGAUAUCACAAUGUCAUAGCGGCUCGUAUACACAGACAGCAUCCUGGCAUGUCCGACGAAGAAGUUUUUCAAAAGGCACGUCAGAUGGUCACCGGGACGAUUCAGAAUAUAAUCCUUUACGAGUAUCUUCCGGCAUUGCUAAACGAGGAUCUGCCGUCGUACACCGGUUAUAAACCAGAUUUACAUCCGGGUAUUAGUCACAUCUUUCAAAGUGCCGCUUUUCGUUUCGGUCACACUCUUAUACCGCCGGGCAUAUAUCGGCGAGACGAAAAUUGCAAGUACAGAAAGACCAACACAGGCCAGCCAGCAAUGAGACUUUGCUCCACAUGGUGGGACUCGAACGAGGUUUUAGCUAACAGCACGAUCGAGGAGCUGAUAAUGGGGAUGGCGUCGCAGUUAGCGGAGAAGGAGGACAAUCUUCUCGGCACCGACAUCCGGAACAAUCUCUUCGGACCUAUGGAGUUCUCGCGCCGGGAUCUCGGCGCCCUGAACAUCAUGCGCGGUCGCGACAACGGUCUUCCGGACUACAACACGGCCAGGGCGCGCUUCAAGCUGGCGAAGCGCAAGACGUGGAACGAGAUCAAUCCGGAAUUAUUCAACAAGAACCCGUCGCUGCUGCGCACCCUCAUCGAAAUUUAUUCGAAUAAUCUCAACAACGUCGACGUAUACGUCGGAGGGAUGCUCGAGUCCAAGGGCGGACCAGGCGAGCUCUUCACAGCGGUUAUAAAGGAACAAUUCCUCCGUUUGCGCGACUCCGACAGGUUCUGGUUCGAGAACGAGGAAAACGGCAUUUUCACGAGAGGUGAAAUAGAGGAAAUCCGCCGUGUUACUCUGUGGGACGUGAUCAUAAACGCGACCGGCAUUCCACCCGACGCGAUCCAAAGACGAGUGUUCGUUUGGCAAGAUGGCGAUCCGUGUCCCCAGCCUUUUCAGUUGAAUUCGACGAUGCUCGAACCCUGCGUCCCCCUACAGCGCUAUGACUACUUUGAGGGUAGCGAACUCGUCUACAUCUACGCGUGCGUGUUCCUUGGAUUCGUUCCGAUUCUCUGCGCCGGUGCGGGAUACGGAUUGGUGAAACUACAGAACAGACGACGGCGUAGAUUGAAAAUACUUCAAGAGGCAAUCCAAAAGCGAAGCGACGGCCGGAUCUGCGUUGAUAAGAUGAUCGUACGCGAGUGGCUGCACGCGAAUCAUCGCCGUCUCGUAAAGGUGAAAUUCGGACCGGAAGCGGCGUUGCACAUCGUCGAUCGAAAGGGGGAGAAACUGCGCACGUUUGACUUUAGCGGCGUCAACACCAUAAUUAUGGAAGAAUCGCAGGAGAGUGAAACCGGACGUCGUAAGGCCCUAGUGCUGUUACGUAUACCGCGCGAUUACGACCUUGUCCUUGAACUCGAUUCGUUGGCUUCGCGUAGAAAGUUCAUUGCGAAAUUGGAGGCGUUUCUGGCGUCGCAAAAAAAGCAUUUCACACUCACGCCAAUUGCGCGGGAUAUCAUGCUGGCAAAAGCGGAAACCAAGGAGCGCCGGCAAAAGAAGCUCGAACAGUUCUUUAGAGAAGCAUACGCGUUGACUUUCGGCUUACGGCCCGGCGAACGGAGGCGGCGAUCCGAAGACAGUGACACCGGGGAGGUCGUCACGGUGAUGAGGACGUCGCUCUCCAAGAGCGAAUUCGCGAGUGCCCUUGGCAUGCGGCCGGACGCGGUCUUCGUGAAGAAGAUGUUCAACAUCGUUGACAAGGACGGCGACGGCCGGAUCUCCUUCCAGGAAUUCUUGGACACGGUCUUGCUGUUCUCGCGCGGCAAAACCGAGGACAAGUUGCGCAUCAUCUUCGACAUGUGCGAUAAGGACAGCAACGGCGUGAUCGACAAGGAGGAGCUGUCGGAGAUGCUGAGGUCGCUUGUGGAGAUAGCGCGUACCACGAGUCUCUCAGAUGACCACGUCACGGAACUGAUCGACGGCAUGUUCCAGGACGCCGGGCUCGAGAGGAAGGACUACCUCACGUACAAUGACUUCAAAUUGAUGAUGAAGGAGUACAAGGGUGACUUCGUCGCGAUCGGUCUUGACUGCAAGGGCGCCAAACAGAAUUUUCUCGACACGUCGACGAAUGUCGCUCGCAUGACCAGCUUUCAUAUCGAUCAACUGCCACCGGAGGACUCGAAGAGCUGGACGCGUAAGCAGUGGGACGCCAUAUCGACCUUCCUCGAGGAGAACCGGCAGAACAUAUUCUACCUCUUUGUAUUUUACGUGGUCACCAUAGCCCUCUUCGUCGAGAGAUUUAUCCAUUAUUCCUUUAUGGCGGAACACACGGAUCUCAGGCACAUAAUGGGCGUGGGAAUCGCCAUAACCAGAGGCUCUGCGGCCGCACUGUCCUUUUGUUACAGUCUCCUGUUACUAACGAUGUCGCGUAAUCUGCUGACGAAACUAAAGGAAUUCUCGAUCCAACAGUACAUCCCGCUGGACUCGCACAUACAAUUCCACAAGAUCGCAGCGUGUACGGCACUUUUCUUUUCUGUGCUGCACACGGUCGGUCACAUAGUCAACUUUUAUCACGUUUCUACGCAGCCGAUAGCGCAUCUUCGCUGUCUCACCAGUGAAAUCAGCUUUCCCAGCGACGCGCGGCCUACUAUCUCCUUUUGGCUGUUCAGAACGGUGACCGGUUUAACCGGUAUUCUCCUCUUCGUCAUCAUGACGAUCAUUUUCGUGUUCGCACACCCGACCAUACGACAGAAAGCGUACAAGUUCUUUUGGUCGACGCAUAGUCUCUACGUGGUCCUGUACGCGUUAUGCCUGAUCCACGGUUUGGCCCGUUUGACAGGCGCACCGCGUUUCUGGAUAUUCUUCGUCGGCCCGGCAAUUAUUUACGCACUGGACAAAGUCGUCAGCCUGCGAACCAAGUACAUGGCCCUGGACAUUAUCGAGACGGAAUUGCUACCCUCCGACGUGAUAAAGAUCAAAUUCUACAGGCCUCCGAACUUGAAGUACCUAUCAGGUCAGUGGGUGCGUCUCGCCUGCACCGCCUUCAGGUCCAAUGAGUUUCAUUCCUUCACGUUGACCUCGGCACCACACGAGAAUUUUCUGUCGUGCCACAUAAAAGCUCAGGGACCGUGGACUUGGAAGCUCCGCAAUUAUUUCGAUCCCUGCAAUUACAAUCCGGAGGAUGAUCAUCCGAAGAUUCGUAUAGAAGGUCCGUUCGGUGGAGGGAAUCAGGAUUGGUACAAAUUCGAGGUCGCAGUGAUGGUCGGUGGAGGCAUUGGGGUGACUCCCUACGCCUCAAUGCUCAAUGAUCUCGUGUUUGGAACGUCUACCAACAGAUAUUCGGGUGUCGCGUGCAAGAAGGUCUAUUUUUUAUGGAUCUGCCCGUCGCACAAACAUUUCGAAUGGUUUAUUGACGUUCUCAGAGACGUUGAGAGGAAAGACGUUACGGAUGUACUUGAAAUUCACAUAUUUAUCACGCAAUUUUUUCACAAGUUCGAUUUACGUACUACUAUGCUGUACAUAUGUGAGAACCACUUUCAGAGGCUAUCGAAGAAGAGUAUAUUUACCGGACUGAAGGCCAUCAAUCACUUUGGUCGACCGGACAUGACGUCGUUUUUAAAAUUUGUCCAGAAGAAACAUAGCUAUGUUAGCAAAAUAGGAGUAUUCAGCUGUGGACCGCGUCCUCUGACGAAGAGCGUCAUGUCGGCCUGCGAUGAAGUCAACAAAACGCGGCGACUGCCGUACUUCAUUCAUCACUUCGAAAACUUUGGCUAGUCGUGCACGCCGCUCCUCGUUCGUAUGAAAUAACGAACCGUCAACGUGUUUGACAACCUUUCGUCGUUGAAUCUCGACGAUUUACCACGAAAUGUACAUAUUUAUACGCUGAAACGUUGCUUUUUACUAUUUAUUAACUAUCAUGAGUAUUACAUUUCUUAUUUAUGAAUGCAAAAAAAGAUCUCUUCCUUCCCUCCUUGUUUUAUCUGUCUGAAUUUAACGUGCAGAAAAACUUAA